GACUCUGAGAAAGAUGCUGACCUGUCUUGGUAGUAAUCUUUGCCAAUGAAGUUCUAGUUCUAAUCCCUGUCUCAGAACUAAAAGUAAUAUUUGUCAUCAUCACUAAUUUCAAAGGCCAUUUUCACCUUGUGCCCUUGAUAUGGAAGAAAUGUUUGGUGGAAUGAAUUAACAGUCCAAACUGUUAAGUUUGGUGUUAAGACAUAUCUGAGCAAUGGUGGUGAGUUGAAAAAAGCUAGCUGCCUGGUCAGAGUGGAAGAUGCAGUAGUUUGUGAUUUCACUGAGGACAGAUGGUAGAGUGGGUUAGAUAUGCUGAAUGAUUUGACAGGUGUCAAGAAAGCUCCACCCCACUUUCAUUUUAUUUCAUGACCCAGACAAGCAAUCUUUAGAAAUUUUAUUUGCAUGUCUUUUCUUGUUUUUUUUUGCAAAGAAAAUGUAAGAAAAACAACCCCACCAUCAACUCCCUCUCCCCACAAAAAAGCUCUUACAAAGCCCUGAAAAACAAAAUGCUGGGAGGGGAUAUAAUGCUUAUCAGUCCUAGCAGGCUUUCUGAUACUUUGCACAAAAAUUUUUAAUAGGGGCUGUGGGAUGAGAACAUAAGAUUAAAAAAAAAUGUUUGAUCUAAAAGGUGAUAAGUGAUAAAAGUCAUAAUUUGUCAGACAGCACAAGAAGAGAAUGGAUUUAAAUGUGUGACUGAGGAUGUUCUUCCUCCUACCUCUUCCUAAUUUUUGCCUUAGGCAAAAAUUUUUUUGCUUUAGGUCCAGUCUUAGAGAGACAAGAUUAGGGUGAGCACAAUUUGCAACCCUCCAGGUACAAAAAAACAAGUCACCGGAGGAAUCCCCCAAUCCCAGCCCCCCAAUCAAACAGGUGCCAGCAGCUAGCAGAGUAACAUGCUCAGGCGAAGAAAGAAGAUCCAGAAAUUUUGAAAAAGGACAUUUUAAAAAAAAGGGGGGGCGAAGAAAAGGAAUGGAAAAGUAAUCUAUGCAUCCAGCAUCAGCACGAAGUCCCAUUUCCAUUUUUCUUUCUCUUGCCGAAGCAAGCGACCCCCGCAGCCGUCCCCACCUACACGCGCACAAACACGUUCCUAGCUCCUCUAGCCUGGCAGAAGCCUUUCUCCCCCGGCCUCCGGGACAACACGGGCCGCUUUAGCCCCGCAGGUAGCAGCAGGGCUGACGUAGACCCGAACCCGACCAGUGCAGACGUGGGCAGUUCCACCGUCGGUGGGGCCGCGAGAAGAGGCGGGGGGCGGGGGGCCCAGCGUGGCCAGGCUUCCCCCCACCCCCCCGGCGGGGCUGAGGCCAGACCCCUCCCUUUCCUUUUCCACGUCAGGUUUCUGGGGAGGCGAGGCCGCAGCGGUUAGACGGGGCGCGGGUGUGGCGCGAAGGGGCACCGGCGGCGACGGCACGCCCUGGCUGAGCGGUAGCUCGGCUCGCUCUCAGGCCCGGCGGAUAACGGGCUCUGGGGGCUGGACAGAGGGGAGGGUACUGCCCCCGGGGCUGAAUUCCCGCCCAGCUCGCCUCCAGCCCCAAGACCGUUAGUCGCCUUCCCCACUCCUCACUCUGGGCCCCGGGGGUGGCUAUCCACCUCUUUUUGCCCGGGGUGCAAGAGAGCUGGGGACAAGAGCUGCGAGCGCCUGGGAUGGGGGGAUGUUAGCCGGGAGGAGGAAGAGGGAGGGAGCAGAAGGAAGGAGGAAGAAGGAGGGGACUCAGUAAGGGAGGGUUCUUUUCUCUCUCAGUCUUUUUAUUUUUUUAUUUUUGGCCAAACUUUGGCCACGUGAACCGCCCCCCAUUCACUUUUGCGCCAAUGGGGCAGCGAGGACGGAUCCCGAGCGAGGCCACGGGACCACUGCCGCGGCAGCCGCUUCAUAACGCGCUGUGCGUGACGUGAGGGGCUCCUGUUGCAAUGGCGAGCUGAGCCGGAGGAUGUGCAGCAGCAGCGGCGGCGCCGCCGGCGACUACGAGGGCAGGGGUAGCGCUAGCCUAGAGGAGCCCAGCCAGUCCGAGGGGCAGGGGAGAACCAGGGAGGGGAGAUCCACGUUGCUACUCCGGCCCCGAGCCGCCGAGCGGGAGCCCUCGUUGCCGCUCUCUGGUCCCUUUGCCGUCUCCUCUACCUCCUCCUCCUCCUCCAGCGCCGCUGCGCGCCGGGCAUGGUCCCUUCUUAAAGGCGCAGGACCGCGGCGGGGGUGGGAGGGGGGGCGCGGGCAGAACAAAGCGCCGGUGCUCGCGGGGCGAGCUAGGGGCCUGCGGGCGGAUUAGAAGGACCCCGAGGAGCCAUGGGUAUGCGGGACCGGCCGCAGGCGCGGCCGCGCUGCCUGUCCCCGGCCCGGGGCCGCUAGGACAGACAGGGUGGCCUCCCCAAACCGGGGCAUCGUGACGGGCCAGCUCUCUCCCGCCGGCCGGUGAAGAGAGUGGACAAGGGACUGCAGCGGGCGAGCCCCCGGCUGGAGCCGCGGAGCGCAGUGGGGUCGGGCCGACUCGGAGGAGGCUGCCCUCAGGGGAGGUGGCUGUUUUUCAGGGGGUGAGGGAGGCUGUGGGGCCGGCGGGCAGUUGGGGAAUGGCUGGGAGAAGCCGCCGCUCCUGGCUCAGUGUGUUGCUAGGGCUCAUCCUGGGUUUCAUCCUGGCGUCACGGCUGAUCCUGCCCCGCGCUUCAGAGCUGAAGAAAGCGGGUCACCGGCGCAAAGCCAGCCCGGAGGGCUGCCGUCUGCAACAGCAGCUGCAGGACCUGCCAUCGCAGCAGCAGCAGCAGCAGCCCCCAGUGCUGUCGCUCAACGGGGUGCGUGAGGACUCCCGGAGCUCGCUAUUCUGGCCUCCGGAGCUGGCCGCUGGCGGCCACCCCGACGACCUACCCCGGGCCAAGAACUUUCUUUUCGUGGGAGUCAUGACAGCCCAGAAGUAUCUGGAGAACCGAGCCGUGGCCGCCUACAAAACAUGGUCCAAGACAAUUCCUGGGAAAGUUGAAUUCUUCUCUAGUGAGGGUUCAGACACAUCCAUACCAAUUCCCAUAGUGCCACUACAGGGAGUGGACGAUUCCUAUCCACCCCAGAAGAAGUCCUUUAUGAUGCUCAAGUACAUGCACGACCACUACUUGGACAAGUAUGAAUGGUUUAUGAGAGCUGAUGAUGAUGUUUACAUCAAAGGAGAUCGUCUGGAGAAUUUUCUAAGGAGUUUGAAUAGCAGUGAACCCCUCUUUCUUGGGCAGACAGGACUGGGCACAACUGAAGAGAUGGGAAAAUUGGCUCUUGAACCUGGUGAGAAUUUCUGCAUGGGUGGUCCUGGUGUGAUCAUGAGCAGAGAGGUGCUUCGAAGAAUGGUACCACACAUUGGAGAAUGCUUGAGAGAAAUGUAUACAACCCAUGAAGAUGUGGAGGUGGGACGAUGUGUCCGGAGAUUUGCAGGAGUACAGUGUGUCUGGUCUUAUGAGAUGCAGCAGCUGUUUUAUGAGAACUAUGAACAGAACAAAAAGGGUUAUAUUCGAGACCUGCAUAAUAGCAAAAUCCAUCGAGCUAUAACUUUACAUCCCAACAAAAACCCUCCUUACCAAUAUAGACUUCACAGCUACAUGUUGAGUCGCAAAAUAGCUGAACUACGACACCGAACCAUACAACUCCACAGAGAAAUUGUUCUAAUGAGCAAAUACAGUAAUACAGAGAUUCACAAAGAAGAUCUCCAGUUGGGAAUUCCACCUUCUUUUAUGAGGUUUCAGCCACGCCAACGUGAGGAGAUUUUAGAAUGGGAGUUUCUUACUGGAAAAUAUUUGUAUUCAGCUACUGAUGGUCAGCCCCCCAGGAGAGGGAUGGACUCUUCUCAGAGAGAAGCUUUGGAAGACAUUGUUAUGCAAGUCAUGGAAAUGAUCAAUGCAAAUGCUAAGACCAGGGGGCGAAUUAUCGAUUUCAAGGAAAUACAGUAUGGUUAUCGUAGAGUCAAUCCUAUGUAUGGGGCUGAAUACAUUCUCGACCUACUACUCCUCUACAAAAAACAUAAAGGGAAGAAAAUGACUGUUCCUGUUAGAAGGCAUGCCUACUUGCAGCAGACCUUCAGCAAGAUCCAGUUUAUGGAGCACGAAGAAAUGGAUGCCAAAGAAUUGGCCAACAAAAUUAACCAGGAAUCUGGAUCCUUAUCUUUUCUCUCAAAUUCUCUGAAGAUGUUUGUUCCUUUUCAGCUUCCUGGAUCAAAAAAUGAAAACAAAGAAUCCAAAGAUACAAAGAUAAAUAUCUUGAUUCCUUUGUCUGGACGAUUUGACAUGUUUGCAAGAUUUAUGGGGAAUUUUGAAAAGACAUGUCUCAUUCCAAAUCAAAGUGUCAAGCUUGUUGUCCUACUCUUCAAUUCUGACUCUAAUCCAGACAAAGCAAAACAAGUAGAACUGAUGAAAGAUUAUCGUAUUAAAUAUCCUAAAGCUGAUAUGCAGAUUUUGCCGGUUUCUGGAGAAUUCUCAAGAGCUCUGGCUCUUGAAGUUGGAUCUUCCCAGUUUAAUAAUGAAUCUUUGCUGUUCUUCUGUGAUGUUGACCUGGUGUUUACUACAGAGUUUCUCCAACGAUGUCGAGCAAAUACAGUUUUGGGCCAACAAAUAUAUUUUCCAAUUAUCUUCAGCCAGUAUGAUCCAAAGAUUGUUUAUAGUGGGACAGUUCCCAGUGACAACCAUUUUGCCUUCACUCAAAAAACUGGCUUCUGGAGAAACUAUGGGUUUGGCAUUACUUGUAUUUAUAAGGGAGAUCUUGUUAGAGUAGGUGGCUUCGAUGUUUCUAUUCAAGGUUGGGGACUUGAGGAUGUGGACCUUUUCAACAAAGUGGUUCAAGCUGGUUUGAAGACUUUUAGAAGCCAAGAAGUUGGAGUUGUCCAUGUUCACCAUCCUGUCUUUUGUGAUCCUAAUCUUGAUCCCAAACAAUACAAAAUGUGCUUAGGGUCUAAAGCAUCAACAUAUGGAUCUACACAGCAGUUGGCUGAAUUAUGGCUAGAAAAAAAUGACCCAACUUAUGGGAAAAGCAGCAAUAAUAAUGGCUCAGUGAGGACAGCCUGAUGUCCAGCUCUGCUGGAUAAGACUCCUUUUUUAAUUAUCUAAUUUAUUUUUAAAAAUUUUAAUAUGAUAGGUCAUUUUUGAAGUCCACACAAGGAUAUAUUUUAGAAGUGAUUUUCUUAUAAAGAACUCCUUAGAGACUGAGCUUUUUGAACAAAAAUGUGAUCAAUAUUUGCCUUUGAACACAUCUUGUUGAACAUUAUGUAGCAACCCUGCAUAAUUGUGACUUGAAAUAGAACUCUGAUGAACAAAAAAAAAAAAAAAAUUUUUAACCUUUUCAUUCCAGACUUCUUUGCUAUGGUUCUAUAGUGGAGAACAUGAACAUUAAUGCAAAGUAUUAUUGUAACAAAACACUGUAUCUUUGGUAAAUGUUCUGUUGUGACUGUUAACAUUGCACAGAUUCUACCUUUUUUUCUUUUUCAAAAAAGAUUUUUAUUUUUUAAAAAGCCAUUACAUGUUCAAGUUUAUAAAAUAAGGAAGUAUGACAGUAGCUGUGUCAUUAUCUUCAAAAUUACAUUUCACCUAAACUGUAAUUUUGUUGUGAUCAUGUAACUUUGGGGGAAGGGUAAGUGGAAGUGGAAAAAGCACAAUAUGUUAUGUGGUUAUUCAUAGUAAUUUAUUUGGCAUUAAGUCCUAAAUGGAUUUGAAUCAUAUUACAAGGGAAAUUUAGUAUUUCUCCUUUCCUGGUCUUUUACUUUAGAGCUAAAAGGCAAUAUGUUAAUAUUUAGUCUGGCAAAGCAAAAUUAUCGUUGCAAAUUUAAAGUAUAUAAGUAAACUUUAAAAAAAUUUCCCUCCCUAAUGAGUACAUUGGGGGAAAAAUAUACAGUGUUCUGUAUUUCUAACUGCAUUCACUUUAUCCCAUUUGUGUUAUGUUGAAGAUGAUUAUUUCAUUCUUUGAAAACUGCUUUAUUUUUCUGUAUCUGAUAUACAUUUUAAUUUAUUUAAUAACCAUGGCAUAGAUUCUUGUCCUAUUUUUGAAUGCCUGUUAGUCAUUAAUAUUUGUGUGUAUUAGGAGUUUUUUAAAAAUCACUGUUAGUGUAUGUCUUCUUUGCAGUAAACUGAUCUCCAAAGAGUUUUUUUGAAAAGUUUUUUUUUUCCUCCCACUUAUAAUUUGUAGUCUUUCCAUUUUACAAAUUAAGUGAUUUUGAACAUUUUUGGUGCUCACACAUUAAAAGAAAACAAGUCAAAUGGAUCUGUAUAUGAUUGCAUCAGAAAAUUUAAAUUUGUUUUAAAAUUACAGGUUGAAUGUGCCUUAAUGAAAGGAAAUUUUUUUUUCAUUUAAAGUUCAGACAGUGAUAGAAUUGCCAUUUUAAUUCAUAUGUGUAAAUAUAGCUGGUUGCUCAGAUGGAAAAAUAAACUAGUGAAUGAUA